UCGGGAAUUUUGAACAUCCCUUCUUGGUGAGUGGAGUGACCCAAAUUAUGACCCUUGUAGAUGUUUGGAUUUACACGUGAAGAACCAAUGUGGAGCAUUUAUUGUCAUUUGCAGACCGUGAUCGCUUUGGCCGCCGCGUAAGAACAAUUCUACACAAAUCGCCAGACUAUAACCUCAACUACCAGCUGAGCUUUGAGGAGCGAGUGAAACCGCGCGUGGAUCGUAUUAAUUCAUUUAUUGGAAGCUCACUCUUGCUCUUGCAAGUUCCCGUCAUUCUACCGUUGCUGUUUCGCAUCUCCGCAAGUGGUUCUCGUGCAUCGCUCCAAUUGCUAAAGAAGUUUUGUUUUUGAAGUCUUGGGCUUUUGGAUUGCAAGUGCAAGAAAAUGGGAAGUCCACCGCCUACUCAGGUUCCCCUCAGCAGUGUUUUGUACAAGCUGGACAGGGUAGCCUACAGCACCCCGCCACCAGUCAGCAACGAUCCUGCCAACAACGAGUGCAAACUCAUCGAAUACCGAGGGGCAAAAAUUGCCAGUUUUAACAUAAAUGGAGAUGUUAUGAUCUGCUUGCCACAAGCUUUUGAAUUGUUUCUAAAACAUCUCGUUGGCGGACUACACACGGUAUACACAAAGUUGAAGAGACUUAGCAUCACCCCUGUGGUCUGUAACGUUGAACAGGUUCGCAUCCUGCGGGGACUUGGGGCGAUCCAGCCAGGAGUGAACCGCUGCAAACUACUCACCAGGAAACAAUUUGAUAUUCUCUACGAGGAUUGUACAACUGCUAGGUAAGGUUUAACAUGGAUGAUUUAGAAUAUUAUUUUGAUGAAACUUGUUCGAGUCUAGUUUAGUCAAUGAUGCAUAUCAUGUCAGGACAGGAGGCUGUGGCUGGAUCACUGGGCCUUUAGUUCGGGAAAUAGCGCGGAAAUUCUCGCGAAAAUAUGAAAGAUCUUUUGACCUUUAUUUUAUAAAAGAAAAAAAAAUCUAUAAACAAAGAGUCGUACACAUUGCGCCUCUGACCUUAUAGGCCUACGCUAUUAACGAUAUAUUGCAAAUAAU